AAGUUCUUAUUUUCCACCGAGAAACUCGAUAGAGAAACCGGAGCGCCAUCCCCGUCUAUUGAUCGGUCACUGACUCCGCUCAACAUGGCGGCGGGGGUGGUAUUCGCGCUCAGCCUGAUCCUCGUUGUCGGCCACCUCCAGGAAGGUCCAGGAUCCCUCGCGAAGACCUUCACAUUCCCGGAAUACCCGUACAAGGAGACUACCAAGAACGAGCUUCUCUUCAGACAAUUCGAGCAGGCAUGCGAGGAGAGCGGCGCUUGCAAGAUGCUAUCGCAGCACAGGAGCGACAGCGUCGCCAAAACACGAUGCAUCCGGGAAUGCGUGUCGCCGUCCUGCUACAAGGAGAUCUAUUUAUUCGAUCAGUUGGAGGAGGGCGAGAUCGACGUGAGAUUAAAUUCCUUCAAGGGUUGCUUCAUGCAGCGAAACGGGCGACCACGGAAGUAAGAAGAACGGGAAGAGACGUAUAGGGAUGAACGAAUUUCUAAUCGCGAGAUGAACUACUAACGGACGAGCCGCUCGUCCGUCGAGGCGAUUGCAGUCGUGCAACGAAGAACAUUGCGAACUUGCGAUAAUAAUACGCCGUUCCAACAGGAGCCCUUCUUGCUUAGACUCCAUGCUGUCCCGAAAGGAUUAAAUUGAUGAUGUAAUGUGACCGCUGCAUGAUAUGCAUGAUGGAGAAGCACAAAAAUAAAAGUCGGAGACGAAAACGCAUAUCAUGCACAAAGAUAAGUUGAACAAUGCAUAUCGUGCAGUCUCGUGGAGAUGAAGCAAAUUCUCUCUGGGGAAUUAAGUCCGAGAACAAUCUUUUUCUACUUUUUGUACGCACAUAUUAACUAUAACAUAUUAAUAUAUUAUCUACGACGUUAUUGCAAUGUUGAUAAUAAUACUGCACAAAGUAAACAAAUAAAACUGUUGGCUGCACCAGUGAUUUCAGUCACCUUAUCGCUUUUAUAAUAUAUAUAUAAGUAUAUAUAUAUUGCUAUAUACUUAAAACUAGCCAUUUCUUGAAUAAUAUAAUUCCAGUAUACGAUAACAUGCAAGUAACUCGAAUUUUAUUGUAUAGCAAACAAGCGAUAGUAUUUAAAAUUAUAAAUAUUUUAUCCUUAAAGGAAAAGAACUUGAAAUGACCAACUUUUUAUAGUAAGUAAAUUGCGUAAAGUUAAAUUAUUGAAUAGAAAAUUUGGUAUCUCGAAGAUAAAGAACAUGUUUCACAACUUCUUCCUUAAUAUAUAUUACUUAUACUGUGAUAUAAUAUAACAUAAUUUACAAGGUUGUUAUUAUUCACUGAAACUGUUACAGUUGAAACAAAAAUAUGAAAAUGUAAAAAAUAUAUGAGACAAUGUAUUGAUUAGUUUUGCAAAAUGCGUAAUUUGUUUUACAAUUUCCACACCAAAUAUUUAUCGCGCAUCGCAAAUCCGAUAAGCGUCUUUGUUCUUCUUUUUUAAAUUUUUAUUAUUAAAAAAAAAGAUUACGGAAUAUUCUUUCAAAUAAUUUAAAACUUGAUUAGAAAGAGUCUUGUACUGCGAUUCUAUAAUACAAAAUUAACACUCGCAUAGAAAUUAAUCGGAACAAGCAAGAACUAUUGCCAGAAGUAUCGCCAUUAUUUUUUCCGAAACGGCUGGAGGAAAAAAUCAGGAUUACGCGAUUAAUUAAUGAAUAAAUCCUUCCACGACCCCCGGCGAUUAUAAUCAGCGGUCCUCUUCUUUCCCAGGCAACAAGCCAAUGCCGUCAAUAUGAUGACAAAUAACGUUAGCUUGCUACCUGGGUAACAUAUAUUUUUUUAACAUUUAUGUAUAAUUUUUUAUAUAAUGUAUUUUGAUAGCGCAUCUAUACUUGAUUUCAAUAAUAUACGAUUUAAAUGAUCUAUUAAUAAAAGCAUACAAAUGAUUGUCUUCCA